AUGUCGGUGGCUGCCACUCGUCGCUUGCAACGGGAAUUGCGGCUGGUGCAUCGAGAACCUAGCUGGGGAGUCUCAGCAGCGCCACUGGAGGAGGAUUUGUACACGUGGCAUUGCAAUGUCGCUGGACAACCACCGUCAGGUGGCCCACCCGUCAUUCUGCACCUGGAGCUCACAUUCGGUGCUGACUAUCCCGUGCGGCCCCCGCGGGUGGAGGUGCUUGGAAGCACCGUAACGCAUCCGAAUGUCUUCUCCACCUUUAUUUGCUUAGAUAUGCUUGAGGGAGGGGAAUGGGCUGCUGAUGAGGAGAAGCGGCGACCUUACAUGGGCUGGAGCAGUGCGUAUAGCAUCUUAGCCAUUCUUCGGCAGCUGCAGACCUUCUUCUUCGAAGGUGAUGGCACUCAAUGGUGGAAGUGUCCACGCUGCACACUUCACAACCCCAUGAAGAGCAAGCGAUGUGAAGCCUGCGACCACGGACGUGGAACGCUUAAAGCCAUUGGCAUCGAAGUGGAGCACAUGGUGGGCUUCGAGUGCCGAUGUGGACAUCGUCAUGGCGGAGCUCAAUGGCCUCCAUUUCCCCAGAGCGUGGAGUGUGAUGACGCCCCCGUGGCUGCUGUGUUGCCGGAGGCCUGUGCGGAGAGCUCCUGCGUGAUCUGCCUGGGGCACUUGGACGACGAAGCGCGUGGCGCGCUGAAGGGUGCACCGGCCGCCCGGCCCUUGGCACAGCUGGUGGAUGCACGAGGGCAGGUGGUGUGCAAGCAUUUCUUCCACCUGCCCUGCGCCAAGCAGUUGCAGUCGCGGUUUUGCCCUUUGUGCCGCACAGCCUUCCGAGAAGUUGCUGCCUUGUCGGACACCCCUGUGAUCCAGAGAAGCCGGGCCAGCUAUAGCAGUGAGCCACUUUGCAAAGAGGCACUUGUGAGCAUGGCACGCUUGGCCAGCUGGCCGUUGGGUGUGGUCAUUCAAAUGAUGUCCUUCCUGCUGCGACGGGAGCGCGUGGGCGUGGCCUUCGCCGUGCCAGCCUGGAAGGAAGCGGCUCAAGCGCCGGUCUUUUGGGAAGCGCAAGAAGUGCAGUGCUUCCAUGAAAAGACUGGGCCGGACGAGGACGUCAUCGGCAUCGGCGUCCUGGCCCAGGGCCGCGGCCGCUUGGCGACGUUGACGGCACACUUCGAUGCGAUCUCGCGGACGGCCUGGCAGGGAGGCUUGCGCAAGGCUGCAUGGAAGGAGCCCUUAAGCCACUGGUUGCCUCUCUUCAUCCACCAGCACCACGCCGACACGGCCGCGUCGCUGCUGACGGAGUGCCUCCACGUGUUGGCCGAAGCCUCCGCGCAGCAGGAGGACUCGCACAUUCCGCCGCUGAUCUUCCAGGCGUUGCAGAACCGCAGAGUCCAGGCGGUGGAUGCCAUCGUGGCCUUUCCGGAGAUGAUGCAUCAGCUCUUGAAGCAGGUGCUUUAUGGAGAUCGACAUGCUUCUUUGAAGCUAUUGAAGGGCUACUUUGUGAUGCACAGAUUGUUCUUGCAUUGUUGCGAUCAGUGGCCCGAGAUCCGUGUCGCCGCGGAUAUGGCUCUGAAACAAUUCAUCUCCUCGCCUGAAGGUCGCACCAAACAGGCGACGCCAUGGCUCGCCUACAUCUUGCAACUACUCACCGUGUCCAACGUCGGUUGGGAAGAGGUGAAGGAAGCGUUCCUGCAAGAAGCCCUGGCUCGCGAAGUGCAGUUCAUUUUGCCACGAUAUCCGAGCUAUUGUCCGAGCAGACCGGGUGAAAGCGGAGAAGACCAGGUGGAGGAGUCAAGCAAGAUGACCAGCGAGUGGAGCAUCGUCGCCUCCAUGCUGGGCUCCGACCGUGCGGGCGGCGGCGACGCCGAGCAGUUGACGCCCGAGGCCUUCCAAGGAGCUCGGCGCGGAUGGACGUGCAUCGCAGGCGCGGUGCGGAGAGGUUCCAGCGCCUUUUCCGUGCACAUCCGCUCGAUGCCGGCCGACAGCGUGAUCCGCAUCGGAUGGAUCCGUGCGGAGGGAGGCUUUGAGGAUGGCUGGGGCUUCCAUGCCUCCGAGUGCUACGGGACGGCUUGUGGCUGGAAAGCUCAUGAAGGUCGAUGGCAGCGCUAUGGAACAUUCUUCCAAGAGGGUGACACCAUCACAGCGAUGGUGCAGAAUGGAUCGAUGAGCUUCCUGAAGAAUGGCCGUAACUUAGGUGUGGCCUUCCACGUCCCGGUCACGGAGACUCUCCGCCCCGCUGUGGCUCUCCGCCGCCGCGCCGAGGUCUUUUUCCUGACCUUGGUGCGUCCAGCCGAGAGUCCUCCAGAUUGGUCUCGCGUGAAGGCAGAGUACGACAAACGCUAUGGCUUCCCUGCGCCUGAGAUGUCCGCAGCUCUCUUCGACAUGUUCAGUGAAGUUCAUAAGAUCCGAGAUCUGCCAGGGCAUGUGGCCUGGCCGAAGUUCUUGAGCCUCCUGGGCUUCGAGGAACUGUGUAUGGAGAAGCUGCAGCUGCUCCUGCGCGAAGCCUUCGACCGUGCCAAGGCCCAAGGCUACAAGCAGGGCCACAAGUGGCUUUGGCGCUUCUUGCGCCAGCGGGACUUCAAGCGCUUCGAAGCCAUGCUGGAAGCCAUGCAGAAUCGGGAGAUCCUCUUUGAUGAGGUGACCUACAACUUUGCGAUGUACGGCAUUCUCCUUCAUCCCCGGCAAGAGGACGAACUGGCUCGACAGGCCUUCUUAGACAUGGAAGAGGAUGGGCGUUUCCAUCCGGCCUUGCUGCGACUACACCGAGGCUUUCUGGAGUCCUACUUCGAGCUAAAAGAGGUGGACGCCACGCCCAAUCCAAUGAACCUGCUGAAGGAUGCGACGGGGCCGAUGUUGAGUGGGAAGGGCCCGGAGCUUCAGAAAGCCGCUUGGAAGGUCUACUACAUGCCGCACAACAUGGGCCACAAUGAUGGCGUCAAUUGCAUGGUCAUGGCUGAUAACAAGAUUUUCUCUGGAGGCCGAGAUGAAAACUUGUUCGUCUGGCGCGCUGAGAAGAGCCCCUCAGGGGAGAUGCAGUUGGUACAGGACUGGGCGCCAGGGCUGGACCGCCGGAUCGCUCCGGCCAAGAGCCGGCGAGUCUUCGGCGAAGACCGGGCAAGCCCGGGCAAGCCCUUCGCUCGCGGGUCCCGGACAGGUCGUGUCUGGGAAAUCGAAGGCAUCAACAAGUCCCAGACGACUGUGCUCCAAUCCACUUGGGCUCCAGCAUCACUUCGCUAUGCUAUGAAGCUUCAUCCACCUGGUUGUUUUGCGGCCUAUGGAGCGGAGGAGCAGCUCCUGGGCCACCGGCGCUCGGUGACCUGCUUGACGGUGCACAGCUCCGUGCUCAUCUCCGGAUCCAAUGAGGGCACCGUCCGGCUGUGGACCUGCCCGGAGACCCGGAACUGCUUGCGAGUCUUCAAUGGCGCUCUGUGGGUGGGCGGGCAGCAAGGCAUCACGUGCUUUGACCUGGAGUCCCUACAAGCGCGAGGAACCAUUGCUUCUCAAUAUCCGGUCACAGGACUCCUCCAAUUUCAGAACUUCAUGAUCGCGACCUUCCGCAAUGGCGAGGUCAGUAUUUAUGAUGCCUCAGGGGCACAGAUCUUCAACCGUCAGCCGAUGGGGGAGCAUACCUCGAACACCGCGUUGGAGCUGAUGAUGCACCCCACAGCCAACAAGCCCAUGCUCUUGUGCGGCCAGACCUUGGGAUAUAUCACCGCAUAUGACUUGCCCGAGUUCCGUCCACGAGGGAGCUUUUGCUGUAAAGAUCGUUCAGAUGUAAAGGCCAUCGUGGACGCGCAGCCUGGAGGGAAGAAAGCGGACCUGGACCAGGGCCGGCAGAGUGACGGAGUCUUUCUCACCGCCGGGCUUCACGGCGAUAUCAUCAUUUGGCGCUGGGGGGCCUCUGCUGGGCCCAGUGUCAGCCCCUUCGCACCGGGAGCGCCGGGAGCACCGGGAGCACCGGGCUGCGGCGGUUGCGGUGGCUGUGGCGGCUGCGGGAUGGCGGCUAACGUCUUUGGAGCGCCGGGAGCGGGUGGUGGUAUGAUGAUGUGA